AUGAAGUUCCACGUUCCUCUGCUCCUCCUGGCGAAUGCUUUUACAUACCUCUUGGCUGAGGCGCCCGGUGCUGGCACGGCCCUUGACGUCCGCUCCCAUGCUCGUGACUUCGGAACAAGAGCGAGCAACGCUCUGCCAGACCUUGACUUAUCUAAGAGGGCUGCUCCCCCAGUGCCCGCUGGCAAAGACGCGACGAGGCUUCACGUAUGGAUUCGCACAGAUGGCCGUCCGUCUACCUACGAUGACCGCAGCGGCGCGAAACAUGAUGGGCUUAAUCAACUGAUGAAAGACACUGGCGGUCGCCACAAGGACGUUGUCAUCGGCAAUAGCAAAGGCUACUAUGAGUACGGGCUCCAAUUCAACGACCCCAGUUGGCAAAAAAAGCCGAACGGUGAUGGUGCCGCUGUGAGCGAGUACGCCGGACCAUAUGUGGAGGUGAAAGGUGGGCAUGAAUCGUACGAGUACAAGGGGGAAGUAAGAGACAAGAAGAAAACCCUUAACAGCAUUUCUAACACGGCAAGAACUGAGAUCUCUGGCAAGGUUUACAACCACCAGUCGUACAACUGUGGGACCUUUGCACAAGAUUUGGUCCAUGCGCUUGUGUGA